CAAUAAAUCCGCGGUCACACUAUCAGACUUCAGCCGGCAGUCACCGCGUUUUUUGACGACUUAAAUUUAAAGAUGAAUUUCUACGUUUGUCUUCUCCACGAGUGCACUAAUAGCAUACCAAAACAAAUACAAUAUGCCAAUGCUAACAACUACAAUGUGGUGGCCACACCGAUCAACGCCAAUAUGGUGCCCCUGGACCCAUAUGAGACGGACCCCACAUACCCGGGCACGUUACUGAACGCCGUCGACUGGAACUCGAAGAUGAUUUUCAUGCUGUCCGAUGUGGAUGUCGAUUCCCCGAGCCCCAAGCUACGCGAGCAUUCCAAACAGAUCCUCCUCCGAGAUAUAGCAUGGGCGGAGCAUUUGCAGAAUGUUGGCAGCAUGAUGAAGCGAUUGCGGGGACCAAAUAUCGACAAUCUGGCCGAGAUCGUAAAGGCCAAAACGAAAGGAAACUGGUUUAUACAGGUACCCAUCAGCAACCCAGAGAUGGGUAGCUUCGAGCAUCGCAAAGACGCCACAGAUGCGGACAUAGCCGCGGCGGAUGCGAAUGAUCCAUGGACUUGGUGGAAUAGCCUGCGCUUUGCCGUCAAGCACAGCAGCAAAGUGAAAGUUGUAAUUGAGCUGAAGGACUUGGAUCUUCCCAGUAAGGAGACGGUUCGUCGAUGGCUAGGCGAGCCCAUCGAAGCAAUUAUCGUUCCGUCUACUCUGUUCAUCCGAAACAAAUCCAACUACCAUGUCCUGCAGAAGCAGUGGCAGAUAAUCAUUGGCCUUUUUCUGGCGGCACGGGCCAACAUAAUAGUCUCCGCCAAUCCCAAUGACAUGUUCAUUUCCCAGUACGCCGAUUAUUUAAGAAAGCUCGCCAAUGACAACAAUGACAGCCACAUUCUGAACAGCUAUGAAAACGUUCUGGAGAUACCACUGCAACCGCUCUGCGAUAAUCUGGAUAGCUAUACAUACGAGGUGUUCGAGUCGGAUCCGGUGAAGUAUAAACUCUACCAGAACGCGGUUCAAGCGGCCCUCAUCGAUCGAGUAAGCGAAAAAGAUGCCCCAAACAAGCUGACCGUUGUGAUGUUGCUGGGUGGAGGACGCGGUCCUAUUGCGAGGGCCAUUUUCAAUGCCUCGGAACUGACAAAGCGAAAGGUGAGGCUCUACAUCAUCGAAAAGAAUACCAGUGCCAUUCGCACCCUUUCCCAUAUGGUAAAGACGCUUUGGGAGGACAAAGAUGUGCACAUAUUCUCCAAGGACAUGCGCGACUUUUCACCUCCUGAGCUGGCUGACAUCCUCGUCUCUGAGCUGCUUGGUUCGUUUGGGGACAACGAAUUGUCGCCAGAGUGCCUCGAUGGCGCCUUGAAGCUACUCAAGGCAGAUGGCUUAAGCAUACCCUGCAAGUCAACGUCGUAUAUCAAUCCGAUAAUGUCGGCAGUGCUGCAUCAGAAUGUUAGCCAGUUGGUCAGCACCGUUCCAGCCUUCGACUAUGGCUAUGUGUCACUGCUGAAGAACAUCUAUCACAUUGACAAUCCCCAGACGCUGUUCGAAUUCGUGCAUCCGAAUCGCGUGGAGCCCAUUGACAAUACACGCUGCAAGGAGAUCUCAUUCACUGCCCAAAAAGACUGUGUGCUGCAUGGCAUUGGCGGCUAUUUCGAUACAAUACUUUAUAAGGAUAUCCGCCUGAGCAUCAAUCCGCUGACGCACACGCCCGGCAUGUUCUCAUGGUUUCCCAUGUUCUUUCCCACACAUCCGAGGACUCUCAAGAAGGGGCAGACAAUCUCAGUGAAGUUCUGGCGCUGCGUUGACGCGGACAAAGUGUGGUACGAGUGGCAGGUCAGCACACGAGAGGCCUGGGAGCAUCACAAUGCGGGUGGAAGUGGUUACCACAUGCGACUAUAGAUACAUUUAGGUUUACACAACUUGACCGCCUAUGCAAUACUUAUAGCACCUUAAAUAAUUUAGCUAGAAAGAGAAUAAAUUUGGAACUCUGCAAUUAAUUUGUC